AUGAUCACUGGGCGCAUUUCAUGGCUGCUCUUCGCGUUCACUCUCACGCUCUGGGUCGAGACUGGCCGUUCCUUAGAGCUCCAACCGAUGGGCUCGCCUGUAGCUGAUCAUGGACGCAAUCUUGUGCGAGACGAUGACUUUUCUGGUCUGGAUCUUCUCAGCGUCGAGUCUUUUUUUUGGGGUGGGUCGGAAAAGGGUCGCUCUGCAUUAGGCAACUUAACCCUUCACAUGCCGGGUGAAGCCGAGAGUAUCAUAGCAAUGGAGAAGUUCCAACCACUACUGGAGUCUUCGCAAUGCACCAAAAAUAGCAUGACCUUGAACUUCAAGAACGAGAGAUCCUACCAGUAUGGCCAACGCAUCUGGAAAUGGGUCAACGACGCCGAUGAUCGCACUUUCGUUUUGGUUGCUGGGCACGGUCAUUGCGGUUGGAACAAGCACCGGCUCCCCUUUAUUGUUUCCAAUGUGCUGUUCAGCGAUACAAAGAAUACCGUGACGGUGACAGGCAAGGCUUCGGACUGGAAAACCGUCGCCCACACCUAUGAGCUUCUGGUCGGUGGACAUCCGUCGUUGGCCAAGCGUGAUGCCAGUCCGUCCUUCUCCCUGGAUUUCAACCACCCGCUGCCUCUGAGCAGCAAGUCUGUGUCGGUUGGGGAUGUUGAGUUCACCUAUGAUUGCGAGGACUGCGGAACGAAGGGCGAGUUCGACUUUGAAUUCCAAUUGAAAACAGAACUACUCAUCCCCAAAGGAGUAUCGAUGAGCCUGAGCCCACGGGGAGUCUCAGCCAACUUCAACCCUCGCUUGGGGUUGAGCGCCAACUUCACAGAUAAAAAGUCCGACGAGCGGGAGCUGGGACGGAUCCCCAUCGACGGCAUUUCCAUCCCCGGUGGCGUCCUGGAUCUCGGCCCCGAAGUGGUAUUUAGCUGGGGGUAUGAACUUGGCCCGGUUGUCGGCACCGCCGGCGUUUCCACUGGGGUAUCUAUUGGUCUUCAGGACGCAGCCAAGCUGGCGAUUGAUUUAACUUCCCCCGAUGUCUCCGCCAGUGGAUGGAAGCCCACGGUGUCGCAAAAGCCUGUCACGGUAGAUGCCUCGAUUAGUGCUGGGGUUCAGCUCAAUGCAAAGGCUACCGUGGAGUUGGCGUUGGAGGCGCUCGGUCAGGGAUUCGAGGUCGGCGUCAACUUAGAGCCAUUCGCCGGGGCAAAGUUCAACGUGGCGGCAUCAUCCGCUGGCGCCUGUCCGGAGGACCCGAAGAAACACCGUUUCGGCGUGAAAAUUGCACCCUCCCUGGGGGUCAAUCUCAAUGUCGAGGCAUCAACGGCCGGCAACGAGGAAGAACCGAUCCUCAGCCAAGCGAUCGCGUCGGUCACGAUGCCCUUGCCCUCAAUGUGCACCGGGUUUGGCUCUGGGCCCGGCAGGCCUGAUCCAUCCAAGCCAAAGAAGAAGCCAUCGUCUGAAUCUUCCCACGGUGUCACCAAAUCUUCUGAACAUGCUCCGACACUGGCGCUCUCAUCUUCUUCCUCCCCUUCGCCCUCUGAGUCCACACCACCUCCUACCGCCACUUCUCACACCACUACAUUGUCCACUACAUUGUCCAGAUCAGCCCCGUCCUCGUCGCCAUCAGUCCAUAGAGGAACCCACGAUAGUUGA